GGCCCCGCGCCACGGCUUCCCUGUGCGCCCGGCGCCCCGCUCGCCCGCGCCGCCGCCACCUGCUGCUGCCCGCGUCUGCGCCCGCGUCCGCCAUGGCUGGCAAAGCACACAGGCUAAGUGCUGAGGAGCGGGAGCAGCUGCUGCCGAACCUGCGGGCCGUGGGGUGGAACGAGCUGGAAGGCCGGGAUGCCAUCUUCAAGCAGUUCCAUUUUAAAGAUUUCAAUCGGGCUUUUGGCUUCAUGACGAGAGUGGCCCUGCAGGCUGAGAAAUUGGACCACCAUCCUGAAUGGUUUAACGUGUACAACAAGGUCCACAUCACCCUGAGCACUCAUGAGUGUGCGGGCCUUUCAGAACGGGACAUAAACCUGGCCAGCUUCAUCGAGCAAGUAGCAGUAUCCAUGACAUAGACCCUGCCCUUCCUCUCUGAGCUCUUCUGGGGAAAGGGAAGGACUGAACUGGGGAUCCAGAGAGGGAACAGGGUAGCCCCGAGAUGUUGGUGCAGUCAGAAUGGCCAAGUCGACCCCACUGCUUCCAUUUCGGGGCAAAUCCUUGCUGUGGCAGGAGAGGCCAGCAUCACUGCCAAGACUGGAAACGUAGACUGUUUGUCCCCACACCACUCUCGUCCUCCUUGGGGCUCUGCGACAUGUACACUGAUUUGAAUAAGUUCUUCCCUUUCUUUACAACUUCCCAGCAACAGUAAUGAUUUUCUUUCCAGGCCGUGUCUUGCUGCCUUUCUGAUUCAUUUCCCAAGAAGUUGUGAUAGAAACUCUGACAAAGAUAAACAAGGUCUUAUCUUAGAAACUAGAACCCUAAAGCCAUUCUCAUCCUAUGUGACAGAAACCCGUGUGCUUUUAUGCCUCAAAUAAAAAUAUUGUUUCA